UCUCAACAUUUCCCGCCUCUCUUCCAUUUCCCGCUCUUCCGAAACCCUAACCACCGGCUAAUGGGCCUCAAACAACAAGCCGCCGAUCCUGCCGCCGACCCCAAGAAGCGGCGACGCGUCGGCUUCUCCAAUAUCGAUGCCGGGGUUGAAGCUAAGGACUGCAUCAAAAUUUUUCUGGUUUCUAGAAAAGAUGAAGUCGGUGCAUCAGACAGUUUCUGUAUUGAUCCAGUUGAUUUGAAUAGCUUUUUUGAAGAAGAUGGCAAAAUUUAUGGUUACCAAGGGUUGAAGAUCACCGUCUGGAUUAACAGCAUUUCAUUUCAUUCAUAUGCUGAUAUUACAUUUCAGAGCACAUCUGAUGGAGGCAAAGGGAUCACAGAUCUGAAAUCUGCUCUUCAGACAAUUUUUGCUGAGACACUUGUUGAGACAAAAGAUGACUUCCUUCAAACUUUUUCAACAGAGCGUCAUUAUAUCAGAUCCAUGGUAUCAAACGGGGAGAUAUUGCAGCACAAAGCCUCAAUUGGGCACAGCAGCAAUUCUGGCAGAGCAGAGGAUUCUGAUCUGGAGGUUAUUCGCAUGGUUAUGGGCAACAUGGCUGCUGGACACCUUUACAGUCGGUUGAUACCUCUGGUUCUUCUCCUUGUUGAUGGUAGCAAUCCUAUUGAUAUUGAUGAUCCAAGAUGGGAGAUCUACCUCCUGGUUCAGAAGAAAGCUGUUGGGGAGGAGGAUUUCCAUUAUAUAUUGCUUGGUUUUACUGCUGUUUAUCGUUUCUACCAUUACCCUGAUAGUUCCCGCCUGCGAAUCAGUCAGAUACUUGUAUUGCCUCCUUACCAGCACAAAGGUUAUGGUCAUAACCUUCUGGAGGUGCUCUACAGUGUUGCAAUAUCUGAAGAUGUUCAUGACUUGACGGUUGAAGAGCCACUGGAUUACUUCCAACACGUGCGCACCUGUGUUGACACACCUCGCCUGCUUGGUUUUGAUCCAAUUCAGCCUGCAGUUAAUUCAGUUGUUUCACAUCUAAAGGAAACCAGGCUAUCAAAGAAAUCCCACACUUCUCGGCUUUUGCCACCCUUAACUGCAGUUGAGGAGGUCCAGAAGGGUUUGAAAAUAAACAAGAAACACUUUCUCCACUGUUGGGAGGUUCUCAUCUAUCUUGGCCUGGAACCAAUUGAGAAGUACAUGGAAAAUUACACAACCUUCAUUUCAGAUCGCAUAAAGUCUGAUAUCAUAGGGAAGGAUUCGGAAACUUCUGGGAAGCGGGUGAUUGAAGUCCCAAGUGACUAUGAUCAGGGAAUGUCUUUUGUAAUGUUCAGGUCGCAGGAUGGAGAAGCUACUACUGUUGAGAUGGAUGAAAGUCAAACCAAUCAAGAGGAGCAGCUGCAGAAGUUGGUCAAUGAAAGAUUGGAAGAGAUCAAGUUGGUUGCACGGAAAUUAUCUCCGCGUCAGACAUGAAGACUUCAUCAGCCAUUUCAGUGAUCUCUUAGUGUGAGAUAUAUGCAUCUGCCAAAAGAUGCGAUUUCUCAAUGUCCUGGUCAUGCAAUAGGUUGGGAUGAACUGAGGCAUGUAUGUAAAUUAUUUGAGUUUCAUUUGCACUUUAUAUUAAGUUGCUUACGACAUUGAUAGGUCACCCAACAUCAAUAUGAAUAUCUGAAACUUCAAACAAGCUACUGUUCUGUCA